AAGAAGUCGAAUGUGUUGUAUGUAUCUCGUGUAAGCGAUGUUCCUCAGCUCGUAGGAUGUCGAUCGACAUGGCCCAUUCUCGGAGCCGUGGUUGGCUUCUUGGUCUGGAUUGCGGCGCGUACUUCAGCAGGGAAUACGUAGUGGUAUUUCUCCAGUGGGAUAACGGGGUUUGACA